GUCUUGUUUGUAUGUAUUUCAAACUCUCUCUUGGCGACUCUUUGGUUUAGGGUUCUUGGUCGAUCAAAGAUGAAGAUCUGUGAUUAACAAAGUUGGAUUUUUCACAUUUGUUCUUCUGUUUGUAGAAGAUGGCGAAAUUUUUUCCGGAUGAAAUUCUAGAAAAUAUUCUUUGUCGGUUGCCUGUUAAGUCUCUGCUCCGUUUAAGGUGCGUUUCUAAAUCUUGGCUUUCUCUAAUUAGUAGCCCUCGUUUCGUCAAAUUGCAUAUGAACGUUCAAACCAAGAGCAACCUUAGCCUAUACAUGAUAGACGCUUUGGUUCUCUCUCGGUGGAAUUUGUAUUCCCUCAACCACUUUUUUGGACCACCGGCGGAGUUCUUUAGCCAUCCGUUGUGGUGUCAUCAUACAAUCCACAAUUGGGGCUCCUGUGACGGAUUGAUCUGUUUGUCAAAUGCCUUAGAUGACAUUGUCUGUUUAUGGAAUCCAUCAACAAAAAAAUCUAUAAAUCUGCCUUACUCGUCCACCACAUUGACAAGGAAUGAUGCUCGAUCUUAUGGAUUUUAUUACGAUAUCACCAAUGACGAUUACAGAGUGGUGAGAAUUACUUUCUUUGUUGGAGAAAUCGUCGAUUACGAGAUAAAUGUUUAUAGUUUGAGAUCAAAUUCGUGGCAUAUGUCAUCAGAGAAGUUUAAUCACGGUCCAAAUUUUAAUAGUAAAGAAGCCAUAGCUUGUGGAGCUCUGCACUGGAUGUCAGGAAACCUAAAAGAGGAAAUUUGGAUUGUUGCCUUUGAUCUCGUGACAGAGAAGUACAGAGUAAUUUCACAGCCUGAGUACAGUGGUCCUCCUUAUCUUAUAAGUUUGUAUAAUUUUGAAGGAUGUUUAUCAUUAUCUUGUCAUUAUUACUCAAAUGUUGUUGUCGUGGAUGUGUGGUUGCUAAAUGAAUAUGGUGAAAAGAAUGAAUAUUGGUCAAAAUUGGUUUCAUUGCCGCUAACACCAACAGAUCCUCUGUGGGAAAGUUCAAAUUUCUCUGCGAAACCUGUGGCUUAUUCAAAAUGUGGUAAGAAAGUACUGCUGGAAAUAGAUUGUAGAAAGCUUGUUUGGUAUAACUUAGAACAGGAGUCAGUUGAAGAUAUUGAAGAUAGUAUGAUGUUACAAGAUUUGGAACAUUUUAUUCAAAUCUACACUUACUCGGAAAGUCUAGUCUCCGUCAGCUGAAGCUGUAACCAAUGCUAAGAAGAAUUCAAGAAGAAUAAAGAAAAGAAAUGCAAAGAAAACUUAGGUGAUGGUGGAGUGCGGAAGAAAGAUGGAUAGAUGAAGAAACAAACAGUCAAAGAUUGAGGGUAAAGUAAAAAUGACUGCUUGGGUUACAUGGUUUAUUACUGCAUAUUAAAAAUUAUUAGAGUUCUAAGACCAUUUCAAAAAUUAUGACUCAUCUUAUUAAUCUCAUGCCUUAUGUAAUGGGGCGAUAGUUUCGUAUUCACUAGAAUCUAGGUUUCAUGUGAUCAUCCAAA